AUGUGCCCCACACCCGACGAGACCAACGCCAACGGCAAGGAAGAGAUGGUCGCUAUCGACACUCAGCAACCCUCAUUGCCCCCACCCCAGCAGACGCAGCCGAACGGGAAGGCUGAGAAUGGACACUCGCACCCUCCCGCUGUCAAGUCCCACAAGGGCGUGUAUGGGCGUGCGAGCGACUUUUUGAGCAACACCAGCAACUGGAAGAUUAUCGAGUCGACAUUGAGAGAAGGAGAGCAAUUCGCCAAUGCCUUCUUCACCCUCGAGACCAAGAUGAAGAUUGCUAGGGCCCUUGACGACUUCGGAGUCGAAUACAUCGAGCUCACCUCCCCUGCCGCCUCGCCCGAAUCGCGUGCCCACUGCGAGGCCAUCUGCAAGAUGGGUCUCAAGCGGACCAAGAUCCUCACACACAUCCGGUGUCACAUGGACGACGCUAGGAUUGCCGUUGAGACUGGUGUCGACGGUGUCGACGUCGUCAUCGGCACAUCCUCUUUCCUGAGGGAGCACUCCCACGGCAAGGACAUGACCUGGAUCACCAAGACCGCCAUUGAGGUUAUCGAAUUCGUCAAGUCCAAGGGCAUCGAGAUCCGAUUCUCCUCGGAAGACUCCUUCCGGUCCGAACUCGUCGACCUGCUCUCCAUUUACCGUACCGUCGACAAGAUCGGCGUCAACCGUGUCGGUGUUGCCGACACUGUCGGGUGCGCCGACCCGCGUCAGGUAUACGACCUCGUCAGGACGCUGAGGGGUGUUGUCUCUUGCGAUAUUGAGACGCAUUUCCACAAUGACACUGGGUGUGCUAUUGCCAACGCUUACGCUGCGCUCGAGGCCGGUGCCACACAUAUCGACACCUCAGUCCUUGGUAUCGGAGAGCGUAACGGUAUCACCCCCCUUGGUGGCCUUAUCGCCCGGAUGAUGGUCGCCGACCCGGAAUACGUCAAGUCUAAGUACAACCUCCACAUGCUCCGUGAGAUCGAAAACAUCGUUGCGGAGGCCGUCGAAAUCUCGGUGCCUUUCAACAACUACAUCACCGGUUUCUGCGCCUUCACCCACAAGGCCGGUAUCCACGCCAAGGCCAUCCUUGCCAACCCCAGCACCUACGAGAUUCUCAACCCCGCCGACUUCGGUAUGACCCGAUACGUCUCUAUUGGUCAUCGAUUGACCGGAUGGAAUGCCGUCAAGUCUCGUGUUGAGCAGCUCAACCUCCAGAUGACCGAUGAGCAGGUCAAGGACGCUACCGCCAAGAUCAAGGAGCUUGCCGAUGUCCGGACCCAAUCGAUGGACUCGGUCGACAUGAUUCUCCGGAUCUACCACAAUGCCGUCCAGUCCGGUGAUCUCCAGGUCGGACAGUCGGCCAAGCUCGACUCGCUCUUGGAGAAGCACAUGCCAUCAAGGGAUGUCUCGCCCACCCGGGAUGGCGCGAACGGGACCCCGGCUAAGAAGCAGAAAACCGCCGCUUGA